UUAAAAGACCCGAGGAGACUAUAAAAGUGGUCUCAUGCCCGCUGCAGUGAGGGCUCGGCUCCAUACGCGUACACACGCACGCACAGUCAGACGGACGGAGGUAGUCAGAGUAGAUAGAGAGAGCAGGACUACACAUUUAACGACACCCACACACGUUUAUAUUUUAAUGUCGGCCCCCUUACAUAGGUAGACACAAACGAGAAGCGGGAGUUUAUGGGGCGGCAAUUUUCUUUAGUUCACUCAGGAUUUUAAGAGCAGGCUAUUUUACUCUCAAACGAGUGUCAGACAUCGUUUUAACACUCCACAUAAGUGCAUGUUUGCUACUUUUAGGAUGCGCGUCUUCCUCAGCAGACCCGGUGCUGUUUGACACAUUCCCCCCACCGAGCUGGAUCCACUGACCCGUGUGUUUUCUCACUGGGGGAAGUUGGGCUCAUUUCAACUUUUCUGGCCGUACUUUUGAUGCCACGGAAAUGGGACCGCGCCAACCGGAGAGCGUGUCCGCGCUUUUUAGAAAAAGUUUGCUGUGGAUUGUGCUGCUACUCUGGCUGACCACGUUUGUUGACGGGACCUGGAAGACGGGACUUUACAAGACCUACUCAGCCGGGACACAGACAGCAACCUCUCACACCUCAGUCUAUCAGAAAAGGAACUGGUGUCCUCAUACGGUCACGAAGACAGUGACUUGCCAGGUGCAGAAUGGGACAAUCCUGCAGCGAGUCUACCAGACGUGCCGCUGGCCACAGGGAUGCACAGGAGGCAGCUACAGGACCGUGGUCAGACCUUCCUAUAAAGUAGUGUAUCGCACUGUGACCUCUCUGGAGUGGAAGUGCUGCCCAGGAUUCAGUGGUGCUGCCUGUGAAGAAGAUGCAGGGAACCAGCUGGUAGCUCAAGAGGCAGUGAGGAAACCAUCCACACUACGCCGGCCACCUGCACGCACAGGAGAGCCAACCUCUAAUUGUCUCAACUGCAGUCGAAUCACAGCGCUGACCGACAGGCUGAGCUCGCUGGAGGCAAAGGUCCAAUUACUCAAUGCUCCAGCCUCCAUAUCACAUCGCCACCUUCAGGGUAAAGGAGGAACUGCACCAGAGGCCUCAUUACUGAUGGGGGCUGUGCCCGCUCAAGGAGCUCCUGGUGAGCAGGGACCUGCAGGUCCUCAGGGUGAAAAGGGGAGAGAUGGGCUUCCUGGCAGAGAAGGAAAGCCAGGGUCUCGAGGGCUGCCAGGUCCUGCUGGGCCUCGGGGGGAGUCUGGGUCGAGGGGCCCAUCUGGAACUCCUGGAUCCAAGGGAUCUGCAGGACCUGCAGGUCGUGGAAAAGAUCCCUUCUUCAGCAACACUUUCCAUGACUCACGAGGGGUGCCUGUUCCAGGACCUCAGGGUCCUCCUGGGCCAAUUGGUCCACCAGGUCCCAAAGGCCCAGUAGGACCUCCCGGCCCUUCAGGACAGAAUGGGAAACCUGGAGCCCCUGGAAUGCAGGGCCCUGUGGGGCCGAAGGGAGAGCGUGGGGAGAGAGGUCCUUUAGGUUACCCAGGAGAGAGGGGCUUCAGAGGUGAGCCGGGAGCACCGGGUCCAAAGGGAGAUCCAGGAGAGAAGGGCUUGCCGAGCAAUCUAAAUGGGGACGGAAUACAUCAGAUCAGAGAGGCGCUGAAGAUCUUAGCCGAGAGGGUUUUAAUCCUUGAGACUAUGAUCGGUAUUCAUGAGCCUGAUCUAGGGUCUGGGGAUGGACCGUUUGGCACAGCCUCCCCUAGUUUCUACAGAGAUAAGCGAGCAGGUGCGCUUCCAUAUCGACUUGCUUCACCUCUGUCCUCCAACACCAAGGUUCGAGGGAAGUAGCCCCCCUUCCCCUGCUCACCCUGAGGAUCACAGGCUGGGUUGACUCCCCCACCUAUAGGUCUCAUCGGCACUCAACAGAUUUAGACCUUAUCUGACACCCGCUCUGGGCUUUGCGUCAGAUUUAGGAUGGGGGACACCUCAGGGAAACUCCACUGUUACUCCACAAUGCCCUCCUCCAUCGGGAACCUGAGAACUAGUUUGACCCCCACCCAUUGCCAUAACCAAACACUUGUCUGUACAUAACACACCCAGCAGCCCCUCCUGUGUCUUAUUUCUCUGGCUGCAGCAGUGAAGCCUCAGAAUAAAGAUGUGUAAUGUUUGAAAAAAAGUAAAAUCUGAAUCUUCUGUGGUGCUCCUCGAGUUACACUUAACUCUGGACAAUAAGGGUCAUUUAGAGUAAUCAGUUAAAGGGGGAAUCAGCUGUGAGAAAACAGACUGGAUUUGCGUUUGUAUUGCUUUCACAAUGUAACUGCAAUCUGAAGAGAUUCCACUGUUUAAGUAUAUUGAGCAUGUACAGUUUGCAGGACACAAUUACACAAACAAACCUCUUCUUCUAGUAUUAAUUUUGUUAUACUUCUAUCAUAUUGUUUAACUCAAUGUUAUGUAGUGCACUAAAAAGAAGAAGUCAUCUCUACUCUAACUGAGAUAUGUGUUGCUAACAGUGAUUUGUAGUUUUCUGGUGUGAGUGUUUUCCCCCCUUUAAAGUACACACUGAAAAGUGAUUUAAUGUACAAUAGUAUAUUUACAUUUAAUCUGUGCAAAAAAGCACAAACAUUUGGGUUUGGUAGCAUAUCAAUGGAAACAGUCAUGAAUUAUGUUGUAUUCUGGAAACAAACCAUGUUUAAAAAAAGGAAACGACUCCGCAAACUGGUCAUCUAUUUCAAGAUCUUAAACACACACACAGAGGAAAAAGCAAACCUGUUAAUGGAACUUGAACAUAUUUUUACCACUGUUGAAACUGUCCUGAUGAAAAGACUUGAUAACUGUUUUUUCAUCUUAUAUCAAACUUAUUGUGAAACUAUUUAAAAUGAUCAAAUGUAUCUUAUUUUGUAUGCUGUUGUGUAACCAUUUCAUAUUUCAUUCAUUUCUUGCAAAUGUGUUAUUGUGUUAAGAUAAUCCUGUCUAGAUGAUUGGUGUAAUAAAAUAAUGUUCAUUGUUUUUUUUUAAA